ACAGUUCUGGCUUUGCUUAUCAGAAGCCCCUGGGAAGGUCGCAAAUGGCGAUCAUGUGAGCCUGGGGAUGCUACAACUGUAGUAUUUAUUUUUUAUUUAUUUUUCAAAUUUAUAUAUGCUGCCCAACUUACUAUACAAGUGACUCUAGGUGCGUGCCUGAAUUUUGAUCACAUGGCUGAGAGGACACUGAUGGUCGGAAGUGCGAGGACUGGUCAUAACUGAUUUUUUUCAGUGCCAUCCUAACUUUGAAUGGUCGUUAAACAAAUGGUUGUAAGUCAAGGACUACUUGUAUCGCUUGUAGUUCUUGAGAAUCUUAGUUAAAGGAAACUAGGGUACCAUUUUGCAGCUCUUAUCCAAGGAUGUGCUUCACCUUUUCUUUGCAGUUUCUUAAAAUAUGGAAAACAUUGUAAAAAGCAUUGCUUCUAGGUGAAAAGUUUAAACUGUGUUCUGCUUCUUGUUUUCUGUUUCUCUUCUCCCUUCUCUCUUCUCUCUCUUUCCAAAAACUCUCUGAAGGUUUAGAGUCAAUUUGGAUGGCCCCUAGAGAAUUUCAGGAGCAGGUGGGAUGCAGAAAUGCUGCCGUCUAAAAGAUAUGCAGGAACUGCCCAUGCAGCAAAGAGGGCUGAUUGCACUGUUUGGCUACAACCCCCAUGCUUUCCACCCAGCCUGGGAGUUAUAGCUCAACAGAUCUGGGGGCAAAUUGGGGGGGGGGCUGUUAUAAAUAAUAGCUUUCCUUUGAGGAAUUCCUUUGUGAUGCAGACUUCACAAACACUCCCAUCCUUUUAUAAAGGCAGAUUUGGGGGCAGGGGGCAAAUACCUCUACAGAAAAUCCCUGAAAUCACUGUUCAACACAGUUUGAGCAGUACUAUAAAGACCAUUCUGGGGUGAGUUGGGAUAGCUAAAUUAAAGCAGCAAUUUGACCUUGUGUUCUUUCAGACCUUCCUGCCAUGAGACUCUUCUAAGGUUUUGUUCCGCAAACAUAGCCCCUCAGAUCGUAUUCUUGUUUCUGCUCCUUUCUUUGACUUAAAAUCUUUGGUACCCUCAUUUUGUGAACUGUUCUUCAGGGUAGCAGCAUCCCUGAAUCUUCAAUAAGGUGCUUGGAGGCCAUUUUCCUUGAUACUAGGCAUUGCUUCGACAAUGGCAGGUUGUUGUGCAUUGAGGAGAAAAAUGACUCCCGCUGCCAUUCUUUCUUCCCCUUAACUUUUUAAGAUGAGGGAGCAGUUAUUCUAUGCAUCCAGCCUCUCAGUUGCAGAUGGGAGAUUCUUCUUUAUCAGCUGGAAGAUUUCUUUUACAGCUGUGCCUUGCCUCCCCCAACCUGGAGCCCUCCGUAUGGUUUGGGAACCUGGGUGUUGAAAUCAGCACAUCUGAGGGGCACCAGGUUGGGGAGGGCAAGUCUGGAGCAUAAUGGAUGGUGCUGCCUGAAGCAACAUAUUUCCCAAAGAAAAGUAGACCUGUACAGCUUCUUAACUGGGUCUGGCCAAGCUCUUGCCCAUCUAGCUUGAAUUAUAAACAGUGAUCCUACAGUUUUGUUUGCGUCAUUAAACGUUACCUCUUCACUAUUAGUGCAGAUGAUUUACAAAACAGGAGAUUUCUUCUAGACCUGCUCCACCAGGAUGGAGGAUGGUGGUGCUGGUGAAGGGCUGCACUGAUAUUUCAGCACUGGUAAGACAGAUGGCCAACCCUCAGAGCCCCCUUUUCCUUUGAGGUGAAGGCUUCUCACACUGGGUCAUGACUCCCUGUGAGGCUGCAAAUCUCCUGGUGACUAGGAAGGUGGAAAGGGAGGAGAGGGGGAGCACAGGGUCUGCAGAGCUGCUUGUCCCAGAGCAGGAGCCCACACCGUGUGGGGAGGAGAGGUGCUGGCCUAAGCAGAGCCAGGAAGGGAGCACAAUGCUAAGCUUCUCCUUCUAGGUAGCCACUGGUAAACGUGGGAUAUGUGCUUAGCACCUUCUACUGCCAGUGCCGAGCAGCUGUUGUCCCCGGCCUAAGGACAGCAGAGAGAUCCUGCUUCCAUCGCAUGCUCAGCAUGCAUACCACCAGCAGCCAGAACCCUUGGAUUCUAGGAGAAGCCCCAUUCUCCUGUUCCACCUUUCCCCUUGGCUGCCGCCACCGCCGCCGCCUCCUCCUCCUCCUCCUCCUCCUCCUCUCAAGCUAGUUGCUCCUCUACCAGCCGUACACAUUGCAGGGCUCUUGGGGUACCUGAAGCAAGGAUUAUGUGCCCUUUGCUAUGGGAAGAAACCCUUCACUCCCCCAGACCCACCCCCAGGGAUUAAAUGAGCCAUCGUAAGAUCCAUCCAUCCCUGGAAGGUCAUUGCCGCCCUUGUGUCCCAUGGCUUGAAUCUCCCAGGAGAGCUGGCAGGGAUCCCACUUGCCGGAAUGCCUCAGAGGAACGCAAGCAGCAAGUUCCUGGGUGCAGCUCCCUUGGGCCACCUCCUGCUUCCUAUGGCUCCAUUCCUGACUCCCUCCUUUGCCUCUUUCCCCCAAAAAUACUUCCUCUGUCCCUGUACCUCUCCCUCCCCCUUUUACCAAUGGGUUGCGAAGGCAGUUAGGGACCUGGCAGGAGGGAGCUUUGCCCAGGCGGCCAGAGAGCCCGGCCCAUGCUCCUUAAGGAGGACUGUGCUCAGUGAGAUGCCAGCAGAUGAACCAGGCAUUUCUUGAGGUAGCUGCUCCAGCUGCUUUGCCACCAGAGCCCAGUGGGCUCUCCAGCAGCAGUUGUCCUCCUGUGGCUGGCUUCUGGAGGCAGGGAGGAGUUUGGAUCCCAUUGUCCCCUGCUUGCUAACAGUGGGUGAUGGCAGUUGGCAUUUUGAGCCUUGAGAAUCCAGAGUAAAAAAGAACUCCACGCAAUUGGAGAAAGCUUAAUUCUUGUAGCACCUAUUGAUGCCCACGCUGCUGCUGCUGUUGAUGCCCAGGGGGAGGGGGGUUGUCACACAAUGUAUUUAAUAUUUUAGGUGACCAUGGUACCACAAAGAUGGAGAAAUCCUGUUCUAGGGAAUGAAGUAUCCAGCCCCCUGCCUUUGGGAGAAAAAAUGCAGGAAGUGUUUGGGCUAUACUGUCUUGAAUGGUUCUUAUAGGGGUUCUUCCAAAAUCCGUUUGUAGUUCUUGGCUGCUGCUGUGAACUCAGAUGUAAGAGGAGAUGGAAAGGGAUCUGGCUUGGUGGCCUCACACUGGUCUGCUGGCUUCUCUUUGGCACUUUCAGGCUGAUGCAAUGAUAAGCGGUGUAUAUGAGAUGGGUGGCCAGUAUGUUUACUAAAUAAAUAAGCAAGCAAGCAAGCUCCUAUUCUUUGCUCAUUUCAGCCAUGUGCCUCACUUGAAAAGCUAGUCUAGAUCCUUUGUUCAAGGGGAUCAUGGUUCUUUACAGCCUGGUCACUCUUUCCCCUUGGCUACCUGCUCAUAGCUCUUGGUAGAUCAGGUUUCAUCUUUGACCAAGUCAAGAUAAAGAUACCUUUGAACUGAGUGCAUGAACACAUCCAUGCAGGAAUUUUUUAGCAAAAUAUGGAAGCAUUUUCCAUUGAUUCUUCCCAGGAGGUGAUCUCUCCUAUAGCUCUGGAGUUCUUUGGGGGUUACUAACCAGGUCUGAUCCUACUUAACUUCUGAGCUCAUAGGAGAUCAGCCAGGUGCUGCCACCUGUUGAGACAUCUAGUGUGUAAGUGGGCAAAAACCAGCCUAGAAGCAGAAUGAAUGGCAUUGCGGGCUCUCUUUUUCCUAGGGCUUCAGUGAAAAUGUGAUUCAGUUAUGUAGUUCUGUAUUUCAAGAAAAUACAAAUGAGAGUUCAUGCAUGUUUCCACUUUGUGACAGCUAAAAGAUGAUAGAGGUUACACAACAGAAGGAUAAUGCUUCAGAUUUGAACAAAGACAUGAUUGAGAAAUUGGUGAUGUUCAGCCAAGAUUAGGGAAGCUGUUAGAAGGAAUAGCAAUGACGCAAAGUUAUCUAGAAUCCAAAGGGGAAAAGGUGCUUUAGAGCAGAUGUGUGUGUCCUCACCACCCCUGCUGGUACCUCCUUAAAGACGUUUCUCGGCUUGCAUGGAAGUUGCACAGUCCGGGGCGAUGAGGGUGUAUAGCAAAGUCGUCCUACCUCUCUGCCUCCUUAAUUCCAACACUGCUUUGCUGGAACUGCAGGAAGAUGCAGCAAGUGUACUCGCAUCCCCUCCAAAGCACCUUUUCUGCAUCAGGCCCAGAUUGCAGCACAUUCCUAAGUAAAAGGAAAAGAUAAUAAGAUACUUUGAAUCCUGCAGUCCAAUUAAUAUAAGAGUAGUGCACACAUAGACACUUGUGUUCUGUCUCUCUCUCUCUCGAUAUUGAAGCACUUGUUGGGAGAAUUGGUACAAGAUUGUAAUGUCUUCCUUAAUGCAUUUUGCCUCCUCUCUCCUCCUCCUCUUGUUUUUUCCAGGAACUGGAUCAUUUUGGUCUGCCAGAGAUGUUCUCCCUGAAUUCAUGUAGAAGAGAUACAAGAGAUUUGCUGAAGGAAUUUCCCCAGCCUAAAAACCUCCUCAACAGUGUUAUUGGACGAGCCCUCGGUAUCUCUCAUGCAAGAGAUAAGCUAAUCUAUAUCCACACAAAUGGGCCACGGAAAAAGAAAGUCACGCUGCUCAUCAAGUGGCCAAAGAAUGUGGAAGUGGAAGGCUAUGGGACCAAGAAGAUCGAUGCUGAGAGACAGGCUGCAGCAGCUGCUUGCCAUCUCUUCAAGGGUUGGGGCUUGCUGGGACCCCGGAAUGAGCUUUUUGAUGCCGCAAAGUACCGCAUUCUUGCCGAACAGCUGGGCUGCCCUGACAAGAGGUGGUUCUCCGAAAGCCACUGGCGCUCCAAGUCCGGCCCUUCCCUGGCUGACAUUUCGACCUGCUGGAGGCGAAUGGAGCCUGAGGAGCCUGUCCACCCGCUGGAGCACAGCCAGCUCCCCAGACCCAUCCGAAACGAAGAGCUGGAGGAGGGGGAGCUGGAGGAGGGGGAACUGGAGGAGGGGGAGCUUGAAGAGGAGGCCAUUGACGUUAGCGACUGUCUGUCCAUGGCGCCGCCGGGAGCUCAUACCCCUCCCAGAGACAUUAGGGAUGGGUUCUCGCUGGAAAUGACAGAUGACAACACUGCCCUCCGGGCACUGACCCAGUUUCCUCUGCCCAAAAACCUCCUAGCCCAGGUGAUCCAAAUUGCCACGUCCUCGUCCACCGUCAAGGAGUACAUGCAGUUCCGGACGGUCGGCACCAAGACCAAGAUCUGCAAGUUGACGCUCCGCUGGCCUUGCCCCAUGACCUUCGCUGCCAAAGGACGCCGUAAGGUGGAAGCCGAGAACAAGGCCGCCGCUCUGGCCUGCCAGAAGCUGAAGAGCCUCGGCUUGGUGGACAAGAACAACAAUCCUCUGAGCCACGCCAUGUACAACAUGACUUCCCUGCGGGAGCUGGGUGAGAACCAGAGGAAGCCCUGCCACAUCAAGGUCCCUGAGGCCACGCUGCGCAAGAUCGAAAACUACCUGAACCACUACCCCGUGGACAGCCGAGAGUCUCGGCCGCGGCUCGCAGAUGACAUGAUGAACUUGAGCAAGGAGACCGGGGGGGCCCUCAGCGAUGCCAUCACGGGCAAAACCUACAUCCCCCUGUCCGAAUCGGAAGAGGUGCGCCUCAGUCAGAAUCUCCUGGCGCUCUGGAAGCGGAGGGGCACCUUGUGGCAGGAUAGCCACCCCCUGCCCGUGGAUUCCCACAAGGAAGCCAUCCUCUCCGCUGUGGAGCAGAACCCGGUGGUGGUGAUCGCCGGGGACACCGGCUGCGGGAAGACCACCCGCAUCCCCCAGUUACUGCUGGAACACUUCAUUCUGGAAGGGCGCGGUGCCCAGUGCAACAUGGUCAUCACGCAGCCCCGGCGGAUCAGCGCCAUCUCCGUGGCCCAGCGGGUGGCUCAGGAGCUGGGUCCCAGCAUGAGAAGGAACGUGGGCUACCAGGUGCGGCUGGAGAGCAAGCCGCCUGCCCGAGGGGGAGCCCUGCUCUUCUGCACCGUGGGCAUCCUGCUGCGGAAACUGCAGGGCAACCCCCGCCUGGAGGGGGUCAGCCACGUCAUCGUGGACGAGGUGCACGAGCGGGAUGUCAACACCGACUUCCUGCUCAUCCUGCUCAAGGGGAUCCAGAAGCAAAAUCGCAACCUGCGGCUGGUGCUGAUGAGUGCCACCGGAGACAACCAGCGCUUCUCCCAGUACUUUGGAGAUUGCCCGGUGGUCAAGGUGCCCGGCUUCAUGUAUCCAGUCAAGGAGUACUACCUGGAGGAGAUCCUGGCCAUGCUGGGUCGGCAUCGCCACUAUGAGAUCAAGCAAUCAGACGAAGAGUGCAUCCUCGACCUUGAGCUGAUCACUGACCUGGUCCUUCAGAUCGAUGCCCACGGAGAACCAGGCGGCAUUCUCUGCUUCCUUCCGGGCUGGCAAGAGAUCAAAGGAACGCAGCAGCGCCUCAUGGAAAUCCUUGGAUCCCACAGCAGCCGCUAUCUCAUCUUGCCAGUUCAUUCCAAUAUCCCGAUGAUGGACCAGCAAAACAUCUUCCCACGUCCUCCUCCUGGCGUGCGAAAGAUUGUCCUGGCCACCAACAUUGCCGAAACCUCUAUCACAAUCAACGACAUCGUGCAUGUGGUGGACAGUGGGACCCACAAGGAGGAACGCUACGAUCUGAAGACCAAGGUCUCGUGCCUGGAGACCGUCUGGGUGUCUAAGUCCAACGUCGUCCAGAGACGAGGGCGGGCCGGCCGCUGCCAGUCGGGCUUUGCCUACCACCUCUUUCCUCGCAGCCGCCUGGACAGAAUGCCCACCUUUCAAGUGCCUGAAAUCUUGCGCACCCCUCUGGAGAACCUGGUGGUUCAGACCAAGAUCCACCAACCGGAGAAGACAGCCGUCGAGUUCCUCUCCAAAGCCCUGGACAGCCCUGACAUCAAAGCUGUGGACGAGGCCGUGAUCCUGCUGCAGGAGAUUGGAGUGCUGGACCACCGGGAGGCCUUGACCACUCUGGGCAAGCGCCUGGCCCAGAUCUCCACGGACCCCCGGCUGGCCAAGGCGAUUGUGCUGGCUUCCAUCUACCGGUGCAUACAGCCUCUCCUGCUCAUCGUCUCCUGCCUCACGCGGGACCCUUUCAGCAGCAGCCUGCAGAACCGCACGGAGGUGGACAAGGCCAAGGCCGUGCUGAGCCGAGAGAGUGGCAGUGAUCACCUGGCCUUCGUGAGGGCUGUUGCGGGCUGGGAAGACGUCCUGCGGCGCAGGGACAGUCGUGCCCGCGAUGACUAUCUGCAGGAUUACUCCCUCUACGCCCCAAGUUUGCGCUUCAUAAACGGCCUCGUGAAGCAGUUUUCCGAGAACCUCUACGAGGCCUACCUGGUACCGACUCCUUCGGAUUGCCUUUUGCCCUCGUCUGUGUGCAACCAGUACAGCGAGGAAGAGGAACUGGUGAAGGGCGUCCUCAUGGCUGGGCUGUACCCCAAUCUCAUCCAGGUCCGGCAAGGGAAAGUGACCAGGCAGGGCAAAUUCAAACCCAACAGCUACACGUACCGGACCAAGGCAGGGACCGUCCUCUUACACAAGUCGACGAUCAACAGGGAGUCCUCCAAGCUCUACAGCCGCUGGCUGACCUACUUCAUGGCGGUCAAGUCCAAUGGGGGCGUCUUCGUGCGCGACUCCUCGCAGGUGCAUCCACUGGCAGUGCUGCUGAUGACAGAUACGGACGUACACGUGCGGGACGACGGCUGGCGUGCAACCAUCUCCCUGGUUGACAGCGACUUGCUGGUGCUUGAAGGGGACUCCUACACCAUCCGGCUCCUCCGCGACUUCCGGGUGGCGCUCUCCAGGAUGGUGGAGACCUGCCUGUGCUACGAGAUGGCAGCCAUUCCCGGAGAUCUCCAUCACCAACACAGCCAGCUCUUGGACAUCCUGGUCGACCUCCUGAAAGGGCCCACCGGCAGCUUUGGAGCCUAAAUCUGGCAGCGGCCGAGAAUCUGGACAUGGGGACUUGUAAUUUGUACAAAGAUGUUGAGAUAUGUUUAUUUAAAUAAAGUUCUAUUUAUCCCUUGUGACAUCAUCUCUCUCAUCCCAGAAGAUUCCCAGGGCCUGCUCUCCUGUGGUUGGCGUUGCCCUGCGGCGGUUGGGGAGAAAGUGCCCGUUUCUUCCUGCAAGCAGUAGUGAAGGAUGCCGGUCGCACGCCUGGAGACCUCCAAGGACAGUGUGGUGGAUGGUCCUUGUUCACUCCCCGUGCACGUGGGCCCCGCCCCCAUUGGGCUCACACGCAAGGAUGGAUUUUGUUCCACCCGGUCGAGAACAGGGGCUGCUCACAGUGCACUCGUGCCUCCAGGCCCUGAAGAUGGCAACGCAAGACAGGCCGAACAUCAGGAAGCAAGCGUGGUGGAUCACGACCCCCUUGCUUGCGAGAGGAUAGGGUUAGAGCAGUGGAACACGGCACUUGGAAGACUUUCAUUGUGCGCUCUGGAAAAGAGCCCCUGCUUGGUUCGGGGGGAACGGACUUGAGGGGCCUCUUCCUCUGCUCCCCGGAGUCACCGCUUGGCCAGACCAGGCUGGAAGGCACAAGCUCUCGCCAGGAUUGUGCGGGCAGGGCAAACUCAGAGGCCUCUCUGCUUGUGGAGUCACAACUAGGGUUCUGGAACUGGUUGCAUUUCCCCUUGAGUAACGCCAGGCAUGGGAGAAGUUCCUGUGCUCCAGUUCAGUGGCCUAGAAGGCCCCCCCCAAAGAAGGGGAGAGAGGCUACCUGGCGUUUUUGUGGCUCACACGCUGGUGAGCCUGUCGGGCUGCCUCUUGCGGUUCCUCCUGCACACCAGUCCUCAGCCCUUGGCUGGCUUUCCCCGAGGUCGUCAGCCCCGGGGUGGACGGCGCCCUGAUCUCCUUGGGGUGGUGCCUGUGCUUUGUGGCAAACGCAUUACAUCAGAGAGGAAACAUGGCUGUGGAUCGAAGGCAACAGCAGCGAACUGAAGUCCCGCAGAAGGAGUUUGGCCUUCUCUGGCUAAGGGGCUGCUUGGGAUGAUCCCCUGGACGAGGGAGGGGUUUCUGCGGUGAAAACCGUAGUUCUUCCACCAGGACUUAGGAAUCGCCAGUCCCGUUUCCAGGAGCAGUCCCGUUCUGUCUUCCAGAGUGAAGCCUGCUGCCAAAGUCGUCGUCCAUCACAGCUUGGUUGCCCAGCCUUGAUGAUUUCCAGGCAAAGAUAUGGACACUUCUUUGGCCAAGCUUGGGGAAGGAGAUUGUGACCCACACACCCCUCCACUGGCACAGCUGGCACCUUGGGCCCCUCCCUGCUGGAGACUGGUGUGCUUGCUGGCACGCCCAACCUCAGACUCCAUCCACACCCUCUCAGCCAGGGCGAGGGGUAGCCGGCUGGCCGCACCCAUCGGGACCCAUCGGAGGGCCAAAGUGCUGCUGGGAAUGUCCCCAAACCUACCUGUGACUCUGAUGCUCGGAUAGGUCAGUGCUUGUUACUCAUCCUGGAACCUUUUUACAACCUAGAUUAAAGCUAAUAAA